GGUUCAGUGCUAGUUGAAGGCCAAGACGCCAAGCGAAGCGGACAAAAUGACUCGUUGCCUAUUACAUCAAUAAAAAUGCAAAGGAUUGAAAAUUAGGUGUAUUCCAGAGCGCAAAAGCCAGGAAAGGUCUAUAAUCAUAAAAGCCCAUAUAUUCGGCCAGGGGAGGCGGCUGACGACUUCGCUGCUGUAUACUGCGAAAUCCUAACAAUGGAGCGUUGCAUGGUGGCAACCUCACAGGCAGGUCGAUACGGGUUCCGAAACCGGGUGACUUUUCGCUCGCCGCGGUCUAAGUGAAUCUGAGUGUGGACUGUGGACUAUGAAGCCGUUUGAGGCAGAGGUGAUACAGCUGGCAUCAGUCAAGCCGCCAAACAUUUGUGUCACUUCCGCGGUUGCGCCCGUCAUCCCCUUGCGCGACGAGCCAAGCUUGUCGGGCUGGGCCCGUUUGGGCCUGUUACAAGGAAGUGAUCCCGGGCCUGCGUGUACCGAGCAAUGUGACGGGCCUUGCGGGUUCCAAAUGGGAAAGAGUCGAGCACAGCACGGGCACAGCAUGACGCUUCGAAUUCCGCAGUUUCGACGCAUGGCGCGGGACGGAAGGACGGCAGGACGUGAUGGUGGUCUGUAGCGAGGCUAUAUAUAGCCACCUUUAAACUGCCCCCGACAGAUAUCAAAGGUCAACAGCCUCGCCCAUACUUGUCCUCAAUCGUGACCCCUGUUAUAUUAUAGAUUACGCUUGACCGCGCCUUGACCCUACGCUUACAGGCUCUACGGUCUAUCACAAGCAUAGCAGGCCGAAUACUUUCCACGUCGCGAUCAAGCACGUGUGCAUCUCUCGGAGACCCAGUCUCGCAGUCGCCCGAGUCUUCAAUUGACGGGUUGCGCGCCAGCAUGGCCGAGCCGCUGUCCAUCCUGUCGCCAGUGAAGGCGCACUUCAGCCAUGACGAGAACGACAGCAGCACCGACCACAAUAACAACAACAAGGACACCACCGACAGCAACACCGGCAAGGGCAGCCCCAUCAAGACCGGCGCCGCCCCGCCCAAGGUGAAGCUGUUCCAGCUGCCCAGCCAGGACAAGGUCGCACUGCGCGACCACUCCAACCACCAGCAGCAGGCGCCUUCCGCCACCACCGCCACCGCCUCACCCUCCCGCAACCUGUCCUCCGCCUCGCUGGCCUCCGCCGCCUCCGAGCCGCCCAGCAGCCCGCUGCCGCCCGGCUCUCGCGGCCUGCCCUCCGACUACCAGGCCUUCAUCCACACCAGCCGCUAUGCGCGCUGGGUGGAGGCCAAGAGGCGCCGCGAGACCUGGCCCGAGACCGUCAACAGGUACCUGGACUUCAUGCAGUGCCACCUGCGCACCACCUGCGCCUACGACCUGCCGCCCCAGCUGCGGGCCGAGCUGGCGGAGGCAGUCAUUGCCCUGGAGGUGAUGCCCUCCAUGCGCUCCAUGAUGACCGCGGGCGACGCGCUGUCGCGCUGCCACGUGGCCGGCUACAACUGCUCCUACCUGCCCAUCGACCACCCCUUCGCCUUCGACGAGGCGCUGUUCGUGCUGAUGAACGGCACGGGCGUGGGCUUCAGUGUGGAGGCGCACCAGGUGGAGCAGCUGCCGCCCGUGGCGGAGAAGUUUGUGAACAGCAGCACGCUGGUGGUUGUGGAGGACAGCCGCGAGGGCUGGGCGCGCGCGCUGAGGGAGGUGCUGGCGCUGCUGUGGACCGGACAGAUUCCGCGCUGGGACACCUCCCGCCUGCGUCCCAAGGGCGCCCGGCUGCGCACCUUUGGCGGCCGCGCCUCGGGGCCCGAGCCGCUGGAGGCGCUGUUCCUGUUUGCGGUGCAGCUGUUCACGCGGGCGCGCGGGCGGCGGCUGAGCUGCCUGGAGUGCCACGACCUGGUGUGCAAGGUGGCGGAGAUUGUGGUGGUGGGCGGGGUGCGCCGCUCUGCGCUCAUCUCGCUGUCGGACCUGUCGGACGCCCACAUGCGCACCGCCAAGACCGGCGCCUGGUGGGAGGAGGCGGGGCAGCGGGCGCUGGCCAACAACAGCGCCGUGUACACGGAGGAGCGGCCCGACAUGGGCGUUUUCAUGGCGGAGUGGAAGGCUCUGUACGACAGCGGCAGCGGCGAGCGCGGUCUGUUCAGCCGCGCCGCCUGCCGCAAGCAGGUGCUGCGCUCCGGCGGGCGGCGCGACCCGGGCUGGGACUUCGGCACCAACCCCUGCAGCGAGAUCAUCCUGCGCCCCUACCAGUUCUGCAACCUCACCGAGGUGGUGGUGCGCCAGGACGACGACGCCCAGUCGCUGGCGCGCAAGGUGCGGCUGGCCACCCUGCUGGGCACCUUCCAGUCCACCCUCACCGACUUCCCCUACCUGCGAGACAUCUGGCGCACCAACACGGAGGCGGAGCGGCUGCUGGGCGUGUCGCUGACUGGCAUCAUGGACAACACCCUCACCGCCGGCCGCCGCGGCCCGCCCCAGCAGCUGGCGGAGCUGCUGGAGGGCCUCCGGGGCGCCGCGGUGGCCGCCAACCAGGACAUGGCGGCGCAGCUGGGCAUCCCCGCCUCUGCCGCCGUCACGUGCGUCAAGCCCAGCGGCACCGUGUCGCAGCUGGUGGACGCGGCCAGCGGCAUCCACCCGCGCCAUGCCGAGUACUACAUCCGGCGGGUGCGCUGCACCAAGGACGACCCGCUCACGCGCUUCAUGGCCGACCACGGCGUGCCGCUGGAGGACUGCGCCAUGCGGCCCGACACCACAGCCAUAGCCAGCUUCCCAAUCAAGUCGCCCGAGGGUGCUGUGACCCGCGACGACGUGAGCGCCAUCAGCCAGCUGGAGCUGUGCCUCACCUACCAGCGCCACUGGUGCGAGCACAAGCCCUCCAUCACCGUCACGGUGCGCGAGCACGAGUGGAUGGCGGUGGGCGCCUGGGUGUACGACCACUUUGACGAGCUCAGCGGCGUGUCCUUCCUGCCGUACGACUGCGGCAGCUACAAGCAGAUGCCGUACGAGAAGGUGGACGCCGCCACCUACGCCGCCCUGCAGGCGCGCAUGCCGCCCGCGCUCAACUGGGCGGGGCUGCGCGAGCUGGAGCGGGGCCCGGGCGCGGAGGACAAGAUGGACGCGGAGCUGGCCUGCACCGCCGGCGGCUGCGAGCAGGUGGACCUGGUGUGAGGGGCGGGGCGGGGCAGGGGGGGGGCAGUCAGGAGGGAGGGCAGGGGUCCGCCGCCCCGUGCGGCCCACCCUGUGGCCACUGUGUAGCGCAGUGGAAUUCGUUAACGUACGCGUCCGCGCGCCGUGUUGGUGGUGUGUGCCGCUGAGGUCGAUGUUUGUGUGUGUGUGGAACUGCAUGCCUUUAGGGUCGGUAUGGGGGGCAUGCUGCAUGUGUGAGCCGCUGACGGCGGGCCGCAUUACUAGUAUUAUUGGCACCGCCAUCGUGGGUGAGCACAUGAUGGGAAGAGCUAGGUAUGUAGAUAACGCAGCCUAGGGUGGAGCGUGCGCCAGAGCGUACGGGUGCACACGCGGGCGCCGCUGGAUGUAUGUGCGGGAUGUUGAGGUUGUGGGAGACUGGGAACAUACACACGCACGCAAGCAUGUUGGCAAGCCUGCAAGUAUGCCCACAUAAGCUCACAUGAGCUUUGAUUAGCGCUAGGUCAUAGGGGCGUUACUGCUUUGGAACAACAUUCAUUGGGGAUUCUUGUAGUAUGAUUUGGGGGAAAGUAAGUGACCGUUAUGCGUAAAGACAUGCCAACCUUUGAUCGAGCGAAGAUGCGCGGAGGAUCUUUUUCAUCCGGCAAGUGGCUGCCGCGGCAUUGCAUCGUGGACAUUGGUGCCAGGAUCUGUUGUCUCAGGAGUUGGUCGGACGUCAGGACGUGCAUGGGUCCAUCCAGACCGCGCAUGCUACCAGUAGGGACAGAUGUAUGGAGCUGCCUGCCGACAUUCAUGGGCCUAGAUAGACAGAUCAGGACAGAUUACACAUUACCGGUACCGUAAACAGAUUGGGUGUUUACGCAGUGGCCGAAUACUUCUGUCCUGGGUUACUGUGUGCGGGUCUAUGAACCAAGCUGGUGACAUGUCUCCAUAUGUAUGCGCGCUACCCUUCACUGUAACGUCACAUUGAC